AUGCCGCCAUUCGUCCCCCGUAAGCGCGUCUCCUCCGAGGACCCGCCCCCGGCCAAACGCCAGGCCCAGGCCCAUAAUGAUAUCCCUGCCAAGCCCGUCCCCGACUCCAAGUCAAGCUCUGAUUCCGAUUCUGAGCUCAGCGAUCUUCCUGAGGGGUUCGGAGAGUCAAAUACUACACCGGUCGCAGGGCCAGCGGAAGCGUCCGACGACGAGGACUCUGAUGACGAAAUAGACUGGGAAGAUGCCAUCGAUACCAGAACCACGAACACUACCCCAACGCUGGCCGUUCCGGAGUUGCAAGAUCUAGAAUUGACACUAGACAAGAAUGAAACCGAGAUCGUGGAUUUGGUGGAUCCCAAGAAGGGACCGACGAAGAUCGAGCGCCAGAUUCGCAUGCAGUCGCACUGCAUGCAUGUCCAGUGCCUGCUCUUUCAUAAUGCCAUUCGCAACGCGUGGAUCAACGAUGCCAAAAUCCAUGAAAUACUACGGAAGAAGCUGCCCGAGGGAAUACACAAGGAAGUAAAAAAAUGGCGAAUCGCGUCCGGGUUAGAGCUGCCGGAGAAAAAGCCGGAUCCGCCUAAGAGUAAAAAGAAAGGCAAGAAAGCUCGCAAGAGCCAGGACUGGGGCGAGGACUUGGAGCGACUGGAGCCCGGACAGCCUGAUAUGAGUCGUGGAGAUCCGGUUAUCAUCCUUCUCAAAGUCCUAGUGGCAUAUUGGCGGAAACAAUUUCGCAUCACGGCCCCUGGGCUGCGAAAGCAUGGUUAUCGCCCAGUCGCUGCACUUGACAUGGUACUGAAGGACUUCCAUAAAGAAGACCAUGAUCCCGAGCGCCAUGGAGAGCGGAUUGCUAAUCUUGAAGAGUUUCGAGCAACGGCAGAAAGCAUGCAGGGUUCUCGGGAUGUUGGAGCUCAGCUGUUCACAGCUUUAAUACGAGCAUUAGGAAUCGAAGCAAGGCUGGUAGGGAGCCUACAACCAUUAGGAUUUGGUUGGACUAAAGCAGAAAUCUAUACGCCACCCAAGACUAAGAAAGAACAAGAACAAGAACAAGAGAAAGAACAAGACAAAGAACCUGCAGAAGCAGCUGAAUAUAAGUCGGAGUCUGAUGCCGACUCCGAACCAAAAGGACCCAAGCAAAAGAAGGGACGCAGUGCAUACGACAAUGACCUGUUGUUUCCAAUAUACUGGACUGAGGUUGCAUCCCCCGUCACCCACGAGAUCACUUCUGUGGACCCCAUUGUGCUAUCCAACCCGUUAGCCCCCACCGCCGAUCUCCAAGCCGCAUUCGAGCCUCGCGGUGCCAAAGCUGAAAAAGCCAAGCAGGUGAUUUGCUACGUCGUUGCGCAUUCUGCCGACGGGACAGCCAAGGACGUCACGACACGGUAUCUCAAGAGACGUACAUGGCCCGGGAAAACCAAGGGCUUCCGAAUGCCCGUGGACAAGAUCCCGAUACCUGGCCGCCGUGGUGAAUAUCUUGAAUUUGACUGGUUCCGAGUAGUGAUGCGUGGGUACGAAAGACCUCCCCAAAAGCGAACAGAGGUCGACAAACUAGAAGACGAAAAAGAUCUCCAGCGAAAACAACCAGAGAAAAAGAAACCAGCUCAGACGGGAGAUACACUACAAAGCCUCCGCACAUCCACCGAGUUCGUCUUAGAGCGCUUCCUACGCCGCGAGGAAGCUCUCAAACCAGGCUCAGAGUCCGUACGCACCUUCACAUCCGGCAAAGGCGCCCGCGCAAAAGAGGAACUCGUAUACCUCCGCGCAGACGUCGUCAAAUGCAUGUCAGCAGAAAGUUGGCACAAAGAAGGCCGCCAGGUCCAACCCGGCUCAGUGCCCUUAAAGCGCGUCCCCAUACGUGCCGUAACCCUCAUGCGCAAACGCGAGGUAGAAGAGCUUCAGCGCGAAACCGGCGAGAAACCCAUGCAGGGACUAUACUCGCGAGAUCAGACGGAGUACAUCAUCCCACCACCCAUCGUCGAUGGAAUCAUUCCGAAGAACGACUACGGGAAUAUCGACUGCUUCGUCCCGAGUAUGGUUCCUCGCGGCGCUACACACGUCCCACUCCCAGCCACCGUGCGGCUUUGUAAAAAGCUCGGAAUUGACUACGCGGAAGCGGUGACUGGUUUCGAGUUCGGAUCUAAGAUGGCAGUCCCCGUUAUCCAGGGUGUAGUUGUUGCGUCCGAGAAUGCAGAUCUGCUUCGAGAUGCCUGGCGCGUGGACGCGGCUGAAAAGCGGAAGCGCGAGGAGCUGAAGGCUGAGAAACGAAUUUUGCAGACGUGGCGUAAGUUUUUGUUUGGGUUGCGGAUUGCCGAGCGUGUGCGCGAGGAAUAUGGUGGUGGGGAUCCUGCUGAUGAUCGUGAGCGGGAGACUCAUAAUCCAUUUGUGGCGCGCAAGAAGACUGCCGUCGAUGAUGUUGAUGAACGGCAUUUUCAUGAUGAAUCUGCUCAGGAUCGUGCCGAGGAUUAUGAUCCUGUCGAGCAUGGUGGAGGCUUUUUACUGCCUGGUGAAGGCGACGAUGGAGACGAUGACUUGAUUGUUGAGCAUCACAAAGAUGAGGAGAAUCUUGUCGGUGACGGUUCUAAUCACCCUGGUGAUGAAGACGAUUCGUCUGGGGACUUGUCGCCUCCCAUUUCGAUACCAUCUACCUCUGAUGAGGAAGGGGAUGAUUCGGAGCCUGAAUAUGCGCCCUCGAGGAAUACUAGACGUCGUCGGCGGGGUGGCUGA